AUGGCUUCCAACAUCUUCCCUCAACUCGGCCCGCUGUCUCGAGGGUCAAGGUCUUUUUACAAAGAACUCAGAGGAGAUCCUGACGGCGACCUGGAUAUCGAAGAACACGCAGGUCUGGAUGUGGACGAGGAGAAUCUGCAAGAGCAGUUCCAAGACUACGACCUGGACCACAUGCCAGGCCUCACCGUAGAAGACAGCCAAGCGACUCUCGACAGCAAUGCCAACCUGCUCAAAACACCUGCAGGAGCCACAGCGGGGCAGACCGGUCGCGGAAAUCACCGUGGCGGAAUCCGACAAGAGCCGAGUCCACGAUGGCUGGGACAGGAUGACGACGGAGAUAAUGACGUUCCGGCUUCUCUGCUGGUUGAACCACACGAAGCGGUAGCGCAGUCUAAAGGAUCUGGGCGGAGGAAGCCAGCUACUCCGUCAAGGCAAAACGCAAUACCCGGUCCUUCUAGCCGACGAACACAUGCCCAAUGGGAGGCAACACAAGCUCAGCAAAGGCUUCAUCCAGCAGACCCCGUCAAGCCAAGCAGGCCUCACGCGAAGCGAUAUUCCAGAGGCCUUGCAUCUAACAACGAAAAAGAAAAGGCUCUUUGGAGGUGGGUUAAUGUCUCGAACCUCGACUUCUUCGUUCAGGAUGUCUACUACUACUACCGAGGGAGCGGUUUCUGGUGUAUCGUGUGCGCGCGGGCGUUACACCUGGUAGAGUCCGCCUUCUUCGCCGUAUUUCUGACCUUCCUCACUCAAUGUGUUGAGUACACGAAAAUCCCCAACAGCAACUCAUUGAAAGAAGUUACCAUUCCUCAGUGCACCAGAAAGAUGUCGUUCAUGUGGAAUACAGGAUUGUGGCUGUACGUCUUCUACUUUAUAUGGAAGACAGUACAGUUCACCAUGGAUCUUCGACGUUUGAACCACAUGCGCAACUUCUAUAUAUAUCUACUAGAGAUACCGGAGGAGGAUAUGCAGACUGUAUCCUGGCAAGACAUCGUUGCCCGCGUCAUGGCCUUGCGGGACGCGAACCCCAAAACAGCCAUCAACGUACGCCCAUCUGCGCGAGAGUGGAUGCGCAAUCAGUCCAAGGAGAGGCUGGAUGCUGCAGACAUUGCCAACCGUCUCAUGCGGAGAGAGAACUACUUGAUAGCCAUGAUGAAUAAGGACAUUCUCGACCUUACGCUCCCGAUACCCUUCUUGCGACAACACCAGUUCUUUUCCCGAAGUCUGGAAUGGAACUUGCAUUUCGCAAUCUUGACUUAUGUCUUCGACUCCAACAAUCAGGUUCAUCAAGAGUUCCUCAAAGCCGAUCGCCGAGGUCUGUUGAGUCUCAAGUUGAAGUCGAGGCUUGUCUUCGCCGGGGUCGUCAACUUGUUGAUAGGGCCUUUUGUGGUCGCUUAUCUCAUUGUGGUGCAUGCAUUCACGUACUACAAUGAAUACCAGAAAGACCCUUCAACGUUCAGCCACAGAAGGUACACGCCUCUUGCUGAGUGGAAGUUUCGCGAGUUCAACGAGGUCCCGCAUCUCUUCCAGGAGCGUAUCAACAUGUCUUAUCCGUUUGCGAGUCGAUACAUUGACCAGUUCCCGAAAAAAAUGACGGAACAAUUUGCUAGAACGGUAACCUUCGUCGCAGGAGCUCUUACUUCGGUUCUUGCUGUCGCCUCAUUCCUCGAUCCACAGCUCUUCCUUGGGUUCGAGAUCACAUCCGAGCGUUCAGCACUGUUCUAUAUUGGCUUGUUUGCCGCCAUAUGGGCAGGUGCCAGGGGCAUGAUAUCUGAAGAGACAACCGUGUUCAAUCCAGAACACGCCCUGCUAUAUGUCAUUGAGUACACGCGCUACAUGCCAGACCACUGGAAAGACCGUCUUCAUACAGCCGAUGUGAAGCGUGAGUUCUCGGAGCUGUACAAGCUCAAGCUGGUGAUUCUGAUCGAGGAGAUCAUUGGUAUACUUACAGCCUCGCUGGUGCUCAUCUUCUCGGCACCGAAAUGCAGCGAUCAGAUAAUCGACUUCUUCCGGGAAUUCACAAUCCACGUGGAUGGAGUUGGCUACAUUUGCUCGUUUGCUGAGUUCGACUUCAAGAAGGGCGUGGGCAAGGCUAAGCAACCAUCCGGCCCUGGCGAUGUUCGAGAAGACUACUAUUCCACGAAGCAUAACAAGAUGGCGGCAUCUUACUACGGCUUCUUAGACAACUAUGUGAUUAACCCGAAAACGGGCAUCCCGGGCCAUUUACCGCCGGGAAGUCGCCAUCCUUUCCAUCCUCCACCAGCGUUCCCCGGGCUGAACUCGCCAACACUGGCGGCCGAUAUGCAAAACUCCAGAAUGGGUCGGCAUGACCUAUCACGGAGUCGUGCUCCUCCUGGUGGUGGAGUUGGACAACAAACCCGAACGCCGAGGUUUGGGCCCUCGAUGACGGCUCCGUCGCCGAUGGCAUCGAUGCUCCUCGACCCACACCACCAGCCGGCCGCGACAGGGUUCGGCGUCCGAAGUACGCAUCGGAGCCGAGCGGGCCGUGGGGGAUACCAAGGUGAAGGUAUCAUUGAAGAGUCUGAGGAUGGCCUGGGUAUAGACGGCCGCCUACAUUCUCAAGGACCAUUCGAAGACGAGGUCUAUGGGGGCUCGGGGCCUUUAGGCGAGUCUGUAUGGGAGACGUCGCCGCCCAAAGGGUUGAGUCGAGAAAAUAGCAUGGCUGAUACAGGCGAGCAAGACGCCGGUGUAUUGGGGCUGAUUUACCAAUUCCAGCAGGCCCACCGCAGCAACCCCCAAGGCGGAGGACGGCUCUAA